UUAAGCGUCUAUCAGCACGACCGCUCGUGGACGUUUUAGAUUAACACUCAGCAGGAGAUUCCUCUGCCUCUUCUCUCUGACACGGGAUUAAGAAAAGUGAGUGACGAUGAUGAUGGUGAGCGACGACUGUCUGGUGGAGUGUAAGAUCAAUGACGACAGUGACGACGAUGACGCAGGAGGAGAACGGAUGAUGGGCACUACUCCUCCACCUCCUCCUCCUCCAGAGUUUGCGUCCAAAACCCCGACCCCGGCACCCAAACCGACCCCUCCGACCCCACCGAUGCCCCCUGUCACCCCUACACCCACACCCACACCCACCCCUCCUGUCAGCAGAGACCCUCAUGGCAUCAACAAGCACUUACAGGUGGAGGUCAGUGACGUGCUAGCAGAGCCGGCUACGCCCCAUAGCAUCGACCAGGUCUGGUUUUACAGCGUCACCGGCUUUGAGACAACUCGUACCUGGACGUACCGCUGCCUUACCUUGCUGCUCGCUGUGCCCUUCGCGUUCCUCUGCGGCCUUUUACUGGCUGUUCUGGCCUGUCUGCAUGUGUGGUUUGUGGUGCCGUGCGUCCAGCUGAGUAACACUUUCCUCCCCUGCCUGCGAUCCUUGUGUCUGUGCACCGUGAACGAUUUCAUCUCGCCCGUCUGCGCGUCUUUCGCCCUCUGCUGCAGCCAGAUCGCCAUUUCACUGACUAACAAAGACUGGCAACAACUGAAGAACAAAGAGGCUGCAUCAGUGUAACCUGAAACUAAACACACACAUUAUUGACCUGUGAAAGUCAAUAUUGAGUGCAGUCUGAAUGAGUGCAUUCAGACUCAAAGGUUGGAGACAAGGUCUCACCUAGAAACAAUCAGAUGAAUAAAAUAAACACACUUUAAUAAGUGUUUUACGCCCUGAUGAUCUUACAUGAAGCCAGUUUAUAGACAGAUUAUUUCUCUGUCCCAAAAUUGAGAUUUAAAUUUAUAGGAGAUUUACUGUAAGUCUCUACUUUGAAACGACCAACCUGAAGAGAUCAAGUUCUCAGAUCCAGUGAAUUCUUUAACAUUACUUCUUAAAACUAAUUUUUACACACGUGCCUUCAUGUGAUGUCUUCCUUUUUUA